AUGGUUCACAAGGUGCUCUUCUGGAGCGGUUUCGGCAUUGCCGUCCGCCUCUGGCAACUCGGCAUUGAGAUGCGUCCCAUCCUCGCCAAGGAAUCCCUCUGGGUUUACCCUCUUUUCGCCAGUGUUGGUGGAAGCUUUGGCUACUGGCUCCAGGGUGUUGAGAGCAGACAAUUGAAGAUGCUUGCACAGCGCCGCGAGGCCAUCCUUGAGAAGCGCCGGCGGCGGGAUCAGCGGGAAGAGAAGCCCGAGGGCGGUGUUCUGGCCGCUGCGUCAUAA